AUGCAAGACAUUGCCUUCUUGUCUGGUGGCCGGGGAAAGGACAAUGCUUGGAUCAUUACAUUUCCAGAAAACUGUAAUUUCAGAUGUAUACCGGAGGAUGUCAUCGCAAACGUUCUCAUUUAUCUGACGUCUGUUGCAAGGAAAAAUGGAUCUGACUCCCGUUUUACCAUUAUUCUGGAUCGAAGAUUGGAUACAUGGGCUUCUGUCAAAAUUUCUCUUCAAAAAAUUUCUGCUUCCUUCCCUGGGAACUUGCACUUGGUUUUGGUUUUACGUCCUACCAGUUUUCUUCAACGAACUUUCACAGAUAUUGGAUUCCGGUUCAGUCAGGAAGAUUUCAUGCUCAAAUUACCGGUUGUUAUGCUGAGCUCAGUUAGUGAUUUGCUGACAUACAUUGAUGACAAGCAGUUAACCCCUGAGUUAGGCGGCACCUUGCAGUACUGCCACAGUGAAUGGAUCAUCUUCAGAAAUGCUAUAGAAAAUUUUGCCCUCACAGUGAAAGAAAUGGCUCAGAUGUUACAAUCUUUCGGAACUGAAUUGGCUGAGACUGAACUACCGGAUGAUGUUUCGGCAAUAGAAGAAAUUCUUGGAGUUCGUGCCGAAAAGUAUCACCUGCUGAAGAAUGAUCUUACAGCAGUUACCAAAGAAGGAAGAAUUCUGCUGUCAAAUCUGGAAGUGCCUGGAGAAACUGUCAGCUCAAGCCUUGAACGUCAUCAGCAAAUAAGUGGUGACUGGCAAACUGUUAAUAAAUUGCUGGCACAAGUACAUGAUAUGGAGACAGCUUUUGAUGGAUUUUGGGAAAAACACCAAUUAAAGAUGGAGCAGUAUCUGCAACUAUGGAAAUUUGAACAAGAUUUUCAAGAGCUUGUGGCUGAAGUUGAAAUUCUACUCAAUCAACAAGCAGAGCUGGGUGAUGUAGCAGGGACUGCAUCUCAAGUGAAACAAAAAAUUAAAAAACUGGAAAAUUUAGAUGAAAAUUCUCAGGAUCUAUUAGCAAAGGCCCGAUUUCUGAUACUGCAUGGACACAAGCUUGCAUCAAAUCACCAUUAUGCACUUGAUUUAAUUUGCCAGAGGUGCAAUGAGUUACGUUAUCUUUCUGAUAUUUUGGUUAAUGAGAUCCACUCAAAACGGAUACAGCUCAGCAGGACCUUCAAAAUGCAUAAACUGCUACAGCAGGCUCGUCAGUGCUGUGACGAAGGCGAAUGUCUUCUAGCAAAGCAGGAAACUGAUAAAUGUCAGUCUAAAGAGGAUGCUCAGAGAGCCCUCCAAGACAUUGAAAAUUUUCUUGAAAUGGCUCUGCCAUUUAUAAAUUAUGAUGCUGAUUCCUUACAGUAUGAGUUCGAUGUAAUUUUAUCUCCUGAACUCAAGGUUCAAAUGCAGACUGUACAACUGAAGCUUGAAAACAUUCGGAGCAUCUUUGAGAACCAGCAGGCUGGUUUCAGGAGCCCGACAGAUAAGAAUGUGAGGCCAAUCCAGUUUGUGGUACCUGCAUCUGAAGAUUUGAUUAGAUCUAGAGCCCCAUGUUUUUCACCUAAUCAUGUGGGAGUUGGAUACUCUUUCUUUCAAGCAUGUAAACUUUUUUCAAAAGGGAAGAAGACUUGGAGACAAAAUCAAAGCGACUUAAAAGUCGAAGAGGUGCAUGAUUGUCGAGAGAAGAGAAGUUCUGAUCAAACUUCCAGUUUGGACAAUGACAACAGCUUGGAUAUUUUAAAGAAGCAUGUCCUCAAUGAGUUGAUACAGACUGAGAGGGUAUAUGUUCGAGAACUGUUUACUGUUUUAUUGGGCUACAGAGCAGAAAUGGAUAAUCCGGAAAUGUUUGAUCUUAUGCCACCUCUCCUGAGAAAUAAGAAGGAUGUUCUCUUUGGAAACAUGGCAGAAAUCUAUGAAUUCCACAACAAUGUUUUCAUGAACAGCUUGGAAAAUUGCACUAAUGCUCCAGAAAGAGUGGCACGUUGUUUCCUCGAAAGGAAGGAUGAUUUUCAGAUAUAUGCGAAAUAUUGUCAAAAUAAACCCAGAUCAGAGACAGUUUGGAAGAAGUAUUCGGAAUGUGCCUUUUUCCAGGAAUGUCAAAGAAAACUAAAACACAGACUUGGUCUGGACUCCUAUUUGCUCAAACCAGUGCAACGAAUCACCAAGUAUCAGUUACUGUUAAAGGAGCUAUUAAAAUUCAGCAAGGACUGUGAAGGAGCUACUCAAUUAAAGGAGGCACUUGACACAAUGUUGGAAUUACUGAAGUCAGUUAAUGACUCUAUGCAUCAGAUUUCAAUAAACGGCUAUAUGGGAAACCUAAAUGAGCUAGGCAAGAUGAUAAUGCAAGGUGGAUUCAGUGUUUGGAUAGGACACAAGAAAGGUCCUACCAAAAUGAAGGAUUUUGCUAGAUUCAAACCAAUGCAGAGACACAUUUUCUUGUACGAAAAAGCCGUUGUUUUUUGUAAAAGACGUGUUGAAACUGGAGAAGGCUCUGAUAGAUAUCCAUCCUACAGUUUUAAGCACUGCUUGAAAAUGGAUGAAGUUGGUAUCACUGAAUAUGUAAAAGGUGAUAAUCGCAAGUUUGAAAUUUGGUAUGGUGAGAAGGAAGAAAUUUAUAUUGUCCAGGCUCCAAAUUUAGAUGUGAAGAUGUCCUGGUUAAAAGAAAUAAGAAAUAUUUUAUUGAAGCAACAGGAACUUAUGACAGUUAAAAAACGAAAGCAACAGAAUCAAUUGACAGAGCAACAUCAGUUUUCUCUUCAACAGAAUGAAGAAAACCAACAAGGAGCAUUUAUCAGUGACAGGGAAACUGAGUCAGAACCCGCAGGUGCAGCGGCAGAGGUCGGUGAAGCAAUCGCAUCAGCUCAGGCACAAUCAAAUGAUGUUUGGACUGGGAUGUCACAAUCUGCUGAAAAUUGUGAAGAGCCUGUGGAAUGGUCAAGCAACUUUUUCUACUCUACAUGUGAUGAUGAUGGAGAGGAAGAUAGGCCCCAAAUGAGACGCAUAUCAGAGAUGGCUCUCCUGUUUUGAUGAAGCUGCCAUGUCAAAUGGCAAGUAGCUUAUUCCUGCCUGCUCCACGGCCCAUGUGGAAAAAUACUGCUCAAAAGAUGUUCAGCCCAAAUGAUGCUGAGGUUUGUUUCCAGGUUAAAUCCUUUGAACAUGCAAAGAGUCUACAGCUCAUAAUGAUUGCUUUUCUUUCAUUUGUAAACCAUUUAAAUUAUGAUACUCUUUAUUUUUAAAAUGAUGCAUUCAAUGUGUAAGAUAUUUCGCUGGAAAAAUUAUCUCAGAACAGUUUUGGACUUGAAAAUUAUUUCUCUUCCGUCUACUGUGUAACCAAAUGCAAUCAGUGUGCCUUGGAUUAUUUAGCUUAUUAUUAAUUAAGUUAAUAUUAUGGCUGCAAAGUGAUUAAGGUCAACAAAAGCACAAAAUUAUCAUUUAAUAUGCUUUCUUUAGACCCAGAGCUUUUGUGCCGAUUAUUUUGACCUGUGCAAAGCUGUACAAAGGCCAGAAAUCCUUUUGGGAGCAUCAGAAAUUUUGUUUGGGGCUAUUGCUUUUGUAUGUGCUGAGGUAAAAUUUUCAUGAGAGUAGUUUACAAAUAAUAUCUAAAGUUUAAUAUUUUCCUGCUCUUUCUGAUUUUAGGCUUAUAAUUCAUGUAACUUGAAUUAGCUGUGUUGUAACUUUCUGUACAUUUCAUGCUGUAAUUCUGUUUUUUUCCCCAAUAAAAAUUAAUUCUUC